AUGCCAGUUGGUAUAAUAUGAGUGUUUAUUCGUGUUUUGUAAUGCUAUUGUUUGUCAUAUAUUGUCCUACUAAUUGUGAUGGAAAAUAACGCAUAUAUGAGUGCACAACUAUUCAAUUAUACUUAGAAAAAGUGAUUUACAAACUUAGGUCAAAAUGUUUUACGCGCAUUUUGUACUAUCAAAGAAAGGGCCUUUGGCCCGGAUUUGGUUAGCUGCUCAUUGGGACAAGAAGCUAACAAAAGCCCAUGUAUUCGAAACUAAUAUUGAAUCAUCAGUUGAUGGAAUUUUACAGCCUAAAGUUAAAAUGGCUUUGAGAACAACAGGACAUUUGUUGCUGGGAGUUGUAAGAAUAUACUCUCGAAAAGCAAAGUAUUUACUUGCUGAUUGCAAUGAAGCAUUCGUUAAGAUUAAGAUGGCAUUUCGCCCUGGAAUGGUUGAUUUACCUGAAGAACAUCGAGAGGCAGCUAUGAAUGCCAUUACUUUACCAGAAGUUUUUCAUGACUUCAACACAGCGAUGACAGAUUUAAAUGACAUUGAUCUAGAAGCACAAUUUAGUUUAAAUCAAACUCGUGCAGAAGAUAUUACUCUUCGAGAGGAUUAUGGAUCUUUACAGCUUGUUCCACCCGAAGAUGGUUUUGGUGAUAUGGUUUUUGAUUCUGAAUCCCCAGAUAUCAUGAGAGAGGCUCUUAGUACAGAUCAAUCAUUAGAGCAGAGCAAUUUAUUAUUUACUGAUGGAGUCAAUAUUGGCGGAGAUAUGGAUAGAACAAAGGAACCCUUGCCAAGUACUUCUCGUUCAAUUCAAGAACCUUCUAUAGAUACACAAACUCAUGAAAACGCUUUUGGAAAUAGCAUGACAGAGGAAUUUGGGCAUGCUGGUGGAUUAUUCGAAGGCGACUUGUUUAGUGAUGUAGCUCCGGAACCUGUUCCCUUAUCAACAUCUCUGGAUGUACCUCCUGCAUCAUCAGUAAGGGCCGAUUCGGAUGAUGAUAUGGAUCAUUUUGAUGGCGGAGCUCCUUCCCCAGUACAUAGCUCAGAUGAUUCUCGUCCAGCAAGUCCUAUUUUACCUACAGGAGCAGGAAGAGCUACACCACUGGCACCCUCUCCUCAAUUAAUGCCACCACCUUCUGUUCCAUCUUCUGAAAUGCAUGAGCAGCAUAUGGAUGAUGGAAAUAUUUUGCCGCCAGAGGCAGAUCAGACUACUUUGUUACAGAACGAAGAGGAGAGCUUUGCAUUGGCACCCAUCGAUGCUUCAGCAUUAAAAGGUGUUACUAAAGCAAAGCGCAAACGAAAGCUUAUUGUCGAUGAAGUUAAAAAUAUAUCUGGUGAAGAAAUGAAAAAUCAGCUAUCAGAUACAACAGAUAUUGUUACCACAUUGGAUCUUGCUCCUCCAACGAAAAGGCUAAUGCAUUGGAAGGAAACUGGAGGAGUAGAAAAACUUUUUGCUUUGCCAUCGCGUCACAUUCCAGCUAGAACAUUAUUUAAGAAUUAUCAACGUCACUUGACAUCACGAUCAUUUGAAAAUGAAGAAUUUGCUAAUCUGGGUCCCGAUCUGUUACCUGAACAACCAAAUCCAGUAGAAGACCCUGCUAAUGCAGCUGAUUCAUCUGUUGCUAAGCGCUUAACACGCAAAAGAAAACUACUUGGCGAAACUGAAGCUGAGCCUAGUAAAACUCCUUAUCACGAGCCAGAUAUGUCAGAACCAGUACUAUCUCCAAUGACAUCGGCGGGAAUACAUGAUGCUCAAGAAGCUCAAGAUGCUCACGAUGGUCACGAUGCUCAAGAAAACUAUGAUUAUGAUCAUUUUUCAGAUGUGGGUGAUGUACUUAAUCAACCCGUUACACCAGGACAGCCAUUAAUUGAACCACCAACACCUAGCAUGAUACCUAUGACACCGGGAACAGAAUUGCUAGGUGAUUUAACACAUGGUCUUCCUAUGACGCCAUGCAUUCAGCCAACUGGAAUGAGUCCGACAGCAAUGACACCUGAUGUGAUGAGGAGUACUCCAAUGACCCCCAGCCACCUACAACCGAGUAUAUCACCGACGCAUAUGGAUGCAACAAGGCUAACAUCGGCUCCAUUAGAACAAAGUAGUAUGACUUCUAUUAAUGCAGACCUUUCUAAUACAAUGGUUGCUGGGUUGCCUCAAAUACCGGGUGAUCAGGUUUCUUCAAUUUUAGAUGGUCCUAGAGACCAUUCAGAAUUUUUUGGAGAAGCACAUUCAGAUGCUCUGCAAGUUCCUUCAUUUGGAUUUAAUGAGAACCAAUCCAUGCAAAUGGCUAACAUGGGUUAUGAUGAAUUAGCGGGAGGUAAUCAGACACCCCGACCGCCAAUGUCUGAGAGAGUGGCAACACCUUGGCAUGAAGAUUUUGAUUUCCCACCUUCUGUAGGACUGACUGGAGAGGAACAAAUGGUGGAUGAAACGGAUGAACAAUUCGAAGAAAGAGUUCUUAAUAAAAGGGCUGCACAGUUGUUUAUGUCAGUUAAGACGAAGUUUUACAAACAGGAUCACUUAUUUAUAUCAGACAUGGCAAGGAAUAAUAACCGUAAACAGGCAGCACAGAAGUUUUACAGUCUGUUAGUUUUGAAAAAGUUUCAAGUGUUGGAUAUAUCUCAAGAAGUUCCUUGUGGUGAUAUACGAGUUGUUAAGGGAGUUAAGUUUGAUAAUCCUACACUAUAAGCUUGCAGACAGGUAAUAAUUUGUUAAUUCCAUGAUCUUAAAGAACAUACAGUUUUAUCAUAAAAGAAAUGUACGUAUUACGUUUGAAUCUAGAUAUCUUAAAAAUGAUUACAGUUAAAAUUGGUGAUAUUUUAAUUUGAUUUAUUAUGAGAAGUUUAUAAAUGUAAAUAAGAAAUGUUGUAAUGCGUACUUUUCAGUUUGACCGAUUACAUAAGGUAAUAUAAAAUUUGAAUGAAACCAAAAGAGCCGCAGUACAUUUGUGAAAUGAAUUUAAUAAGAAAUUUUAUUAUAGAUAUAAUUUGUAAGUGUAUAAUUCUAUUUAUUAAGAUAGAGGUAUGCAUCAGUUAUAUGAAGCUGCUGCUGCUGAAGUUACAUAAACUGAACCAAGUUAGUUUUCUAUAAGGUAGAAUGAGAUUUUAAAGAUUCGAAAUAUUUUAUAUAACAAUUAUUUAUGUAUUUCAUCUAUUGAAGAAUUUGAUCUUC